CAGCAGCACUAUCACAAGGCAAUCUCCUCAAAUGAAUGGGGGAGAAGAGGAGGAGGAGGUGCAGCAAGGUGAUGAGCGUACACCGUCACUUCCGCCUCGUGCUACAAGUGCUCGCGGGAACCGAGCAGAUUGCAGCAACGCCAUGAGAGCAUCCAAGUCCCUGCAGUAGAGGAGGAAGGAAGGGGGAGAAGGAGGACUCAGCCCCCCAAUAGGUUGAGCUAUGAACGGCUUGGAGGAGCAGCCAACUCAACCUUGACCGGUUCGGCUCUCAUGCUAGGCGAUGAAGCGGAAGAUGAAAGCGAGGAGUGCGCUUUUGCCUUCUUCUCUCCGGUGGAGAUACCGGGGGAGCCUACAAAUCCCAAGGAGGCUUGGGAGGGCCCCAAUGGGAAGGAGUGGAAGAAGGCCUCAGAUGAAGAGAUGGGAGCAUCAUCGAGAACGACACGUUUGACUUGGUGAACCUACCCCCGGGGCGUAAGGCGAUCUCUUCCAAGUGGCUCUUCAAGCGCAAGACCGACGCCGACGGCAACAUUGAGCGCUACAAGAGCAGACUUGUAGCCAAGGGGUACCAGCAGCAGGAGAAGAAGGACUACAAUGAAGUAUAUGCUCCUGUGGUAAAGGGUACAACCCUUCGAACCCUCUUCGCCGCGGCGGCCAUCAAAGGAUGGGUGGUGAAGCAAAUGGAUAUCGUAACGGCCUUCCUCAACGGAGUUUUGGAGGAAGAGACCUACAUGGAGCAGCCAGAGGGGUACAAUGAUGGGAGUGGCAGAGUGUGGAAGCUGAAGAAAGCACUCUAUGGCCUCAAGCAAGCCCCUAGGCAAUGGUACAUCAAGCUGCGGGAAGUCUUGGAGGCGAUCGGUUUCACUCCCUCAACGGCCGAUCAAUCAUUGUUCAUGCUUGGCGAGGGGGAGCAGAGGAGCUUCAUGGUGGUUUAUGUGGAUGACAUCCUCAUAUUCUCACCCUCCUCUGACCUUGUGAAGGAGGUGAUGCUGAAGCUUCAAGACAAGUUCAAGUGCAAGACCCUUGGUGACGUCAACUACUACCUUGGGCUUCACAUUGAGCGAGAUGUGGAGAAGCGGUGGAUGCGAGUGCAUCAAAAGAAGUACUUGGAGCCUUGGCUGCAAACUUUGGAAAGAGUGAAGGUCAUGUGGCUACUCCUCUUCCCUCAGGGUUCAAGUGUGUGAAAGGACCAGCAGAGGAAAGUGUUGGUGAAGAGGAGAGGCGCCGUUUUCAUUCCUUGGUGGGCAGCCUCAUGUAUGCGGCCGUUCACACAAGGCCGGAUGCAGCCUUUGCUACCGGACAGCUAGCUAGGGUUGUCCAAUGCCCUAAUGAAGAGCAGGUAGCAGCUGGAGAGAGGGUGGCCAAGUACCUUGGCCAAACAGCAACUGUUGGACUGCAAUACUCCGCGGCGGCACAAAAGGCGUCAAAAGGGUGCGGAUGGAGUCGAACCCGGGAGGCUCUUUCUCACCGCCUUCUCUGAUGCAUCUUGGGCAUCAGAACCAGAGGACAUGACAAGUGUGGGAGGCUUCAUCUGCUGUGUUGGUGGAGGACCAACAGCUUGGGAGAGCAAGAAGCAAGUGGACCAAGCAUUGAGCUCGGUGGAGUCCGAGUACAUGGCACUCUUCCGUGCCAUAAGAGAGGUUGUGUGGCAGCGGCGUUUGCUAGCUGAAUUGGGGGAGGAGCAGCAAGGACCUACCCCACUCUACUG